UCACGGUGUCCUGCCACCUCCUCAUUAGCCAACCCUGGCCUUGCCUCAGAAAACAUGUUGCUAGUUCUUAUUCUGAGAAUGAAUGGAACAAAAUGUGCCUAGAUAGCUGGUGACUGACAGUUCGAUUAUACUGGUGUGGAGAUAACAUUUCUGAAAAUUAAGUCUUCUAGAUUGAGCUAAGCACAACUCCUGUCCUUGUCUUCCUUUUUGCUGCUUUUGAAUAAUUGUAGGUUUUCCUAUAAUGUAUUUUAUCACGUUGAAAACAAAGUUGGCAUAUUUUGCUGAUAAUAAUACAUCUUUAUUGUAGAAAAGACUGAUGUUCACAAAAAGGAAAAGUUAUCCCAGACAACACACCAGCUUCUGGUUAAGAAUGUGGGUACUGGAGCUGGACUGCAGGGGCUUUGUCCCUGCUGUGCCACUUAUGAUUUGUAUGACCUUGAGCUAAUCGCUUAACUUAAGUGCCUAGUUCCUCGUCUCUGAAGUUGAAAAUCAUACCCUGCUUCAUUGGGCUGUUGUUAAGAUUAAAUGAUGCAAAGCCCCUAGAAGUGACCAAGAGAUAUUUAAUACUUUGGUAAAUAAUCUUCUGGUUUUCCUCUCUGAACCUGUGUAGACAUGUGUAACUAUAUGCUGGUGUGCAUAUACUAAUAAACAGAUGAGAUGAUUUUUAAACCAGCUAGUUUCCAUCUAAUAAUAUAUUGUGACUACCUUUCUAUACCUGUGAAUAGCCUUCUCCGUUACUUGAUAGCUGCGUAGAAUCCUAUGAUGUGAUUGUGUGAAUGGAGCUGAAUCCAUAUUGUGGGGCAUGCAGAUUUCCAGUUUCGCCCUGACAUAAUGCAUUUUAAAACAGAUUUGAGUAGAUGUUGUACCAUGAGUGUACCUCUAGGCAACAGGAGCUUCCUACUCUUUCCAGAGCAUACCUAAUCCUCCCUCCCCUGGUGAGAAUAAGGAUCUGGACAUGCUCCCUUUGGGAGCUCAGAGCCUCCUUAAUCCUGAGUGGGGCAGCAUUGUGAACUUCAUAAGACAGCUCUAAAUGGGGAACUUACUCAGAUUCUGCCUCUCCCUGCUCUCCCCACUUAAAUCUAAAAAAAAAAAAAAGUUUAUUUAUUUAAUAUCUCUGGUAUGAACUAUCUCUUGGUUCCCAAGAAAUCAGAAAGUCCGCUUGUUCCAUUAUUGCUGUGUCUGAGGUGAUCUCUAAGAAGGCGCUCUGUCCUUCUGAAAAGGGUUUGGGGUAAAACCUUAAGCUCUCCUGCUUCCCAGGGUAGACCGUUAAAUCCUACCCUUCAUGGUGGAGGGCUGCAGUUACUUCUGCACCAUUCUGGGUACCAUACCCUGCCAUUUUAGUUUUAUGAAUUUCUGGUGACACACUUAUUUGAUUUCCUUUAUUGAUAAAAUUCUUCUUGCUGGUCUCAGAUUGGCAGAAACCAUUGAUUAGGUCCCCUUUAAGUCCCCCUCCCACCUCUCCACUGCUUUCAGCCACUAGCAAACCAACAGGUCACAUGUUUGAAAACCUCCUACCGCCCAUCUUCGGGGUGUGUUAUAUCUAUGCAGUCUCAAGGACUGUACUUGUCUGUAGAGUCUGAGCUCCAGGAGGCAAGAGGGUGAUGGGUCGAAGUGACUUGGGGUCAACAGUCCCUUGCGGGAUAGACCUCUUAAAAGGUUUAUGGCUUUAAAGGGAUUUUCUCCUACAGCCUAAUCCUGAGUGUUUGGGACCUGGCAUUUUAAACAGUUAUACAUUCUAAAGGGACCAGCUGUGUUCCUUUAGGACACUGCUGACUGACCAUCCUCAGUCCAGCCAUUUUCCUGUGAUGUUUAAGAGGCAGGCUUGAUGUUUCCCUCUAAUCUAGGGAGCAUAUCUCAGCUCUGAGAAAGGAUAUAAUGUGCUAUUUAGGGCCGUGAGUCUGCCAGAAUUACGGAGGGGCUGGUGUGUCUUUGAGGUGUGCUGGAAUGGCAUCAGGACUUAGAAAGGGGAAUACUGUGUGAAUUUGGACUACUCAGAGUAUCGAGUCCCUGCCACAGUAUUUUCCAAAGUGCUUUUUAAUGUUUGCUUCUGACACCCUCCGUGUGUGAAAGGUUAUGUAGCCUUAUCCUCCUUGCCCUGAGGAGGACACUGAAACGAUGAGAGGUUAACUGACUUGCCCUGGGCUGCAGAGUAAGGCUGACUCCACCGGAAAGGCUGCUGCCCGUAACUCCUGCUUUCCACGCCGGAAGCGUCACAGAGCCAGGGCUGCCUCUGGGAAGCCCUGUCAACAGAGGCAGGGAUCCGUGGUCACCUCCCUUGUCCUGGUCUUCCUGGAUGGAACGAGAAGAUAAACGGGGCGUGUGUGAAGCCCAGGACUCAGAAGACAAGGGGAUGGACUCUGAUUUUGAGAACUCUGAAAACAGGGAAGGGGACCCAGAAGACAGAGGAAUGGGCUCUAACUCACAUGAUGCAGACAAGAGAGAAUGCCACCUGGAGCAGGAGAUGGGCUCCAACCCACAGGAUGAAGCUCUAAGAGGGGACUCAGAGGAGAAGGAACUAGUGUCUAACAUCUGCACAGAGGGUCUGCUGAGCGAGGAAGAAGGGGUUGCUCUCCGUGAGGAAGACGAUGACCAAGCUGGAGUAGCUGAGAUGGCGAUGUUCGCAGGGCUGUCUGAGUCCGUCGGCAUUUCCCGGAGCCCCCAAGAAGAGGGGGAAGAGGAGCAGCCGCCUCCUGCCGUGCUUCCCUGGAGGCGGCACCUCUCCCUGGGGAGUCGACACCGGGGUGACAAGCCCGCCCACCGCCGAUUCCGCCGGCUCCACCACCCCAUGGCCAUGGACCUCGGGGAGCUCGACAGCCUGAUGGCCAGCAUCAUGGACGCGCCCACCAUCUGCCCCGACUGCGGGGAGAGCUUCAGCCCGGGCGCCGCCUUCCUGCAGCACCAGCGCAUUCACCGCCUGGCGGAGGCCGCCGCGGCCGCCAGCCUGGAGCCCUUCGGCUUCGCUGGCGAGUGCGGCGGGGUGGUGGGGAUGAUGGGCGUGGGCGUGGCGGGGGCCUUCGGGGCGGGGCCCGCGCUGGCCCGGCCCCCGCGCGAGAAGCCCUUCCGCUGCGGGGAGUGCGGCAAGGGCUUCAGCCGCAACACCUACCUGACCAAUCACCUGCGGCUGCACACGGGCGAGCGGCCCAACCUGUGCGCCGACUGCGGCAAGAGCUUCAGCUGGCGCGCCGACCUGCUCAAGCACCGGCGCCUGCACACGGGCGAGAAGCCCUACCCGUGCCCCGAGUGCGGCGAGGCCUUCAGCCUCAGCUCGCACCUGCUGAGCCACCGGCGGGCGCACGCGGCGGCCAGCGGCGCGGGGCCGGCGGCGCUGCGGCCCUUCGCCUGCGGGGAGUGCGGCAAGGGCUUCGUGCGCCGUUCGCACCUGGCCAACCACCAGCGCAUCCACACGGGCGAGAAGCCGCACGGCUGCGGCGAGUGCGGCAAGCGCUUCAGCUGGCGCUCGGACCUGGUGAAGCACCAGCGCGUGCAUACGGGCGAGAAGCCCUACAUGUGCUCCGAGUGCGGGGAAACCUUCAGCGUCAGCUCUCACCUCUUCACGCACAAGCGCACGCACUCGGGUGAGCGGCCGUACGUGUGUCGCGAAUGCGGCAAGGGCUUCGGGCGCAACUCGCACCUGGUGAACCACCUGCGCGUGCACACGGGCGAGAAGCCCUUCCGUUGCGGCCAGUGCGAGAAGCGUUUCAGCGACUUCUCCACGCUCACGCAGCACCAGCGCACGCACACGGGCGAGAAGCCCUACACGUGCAUCGAGUGCGGCAAGAGCUUCAUCCAGAGCUCGCACCUGAUCCGCCACCGCCGCAUCCACACGGGCAACAAGCCGCACAAGUGCGCCGGCUGUGGCAAGGGCUUCCGCUACAAGACGCACCUCGCGCAGCACCAGAAGCUGCACCUGUGCUAGGGCUACGCCGACGGAGGCUGCGCACUGGGGGGCGGGGCGGGGGGCUAGAUGUCCUGGGGACAGACCCUGUAGAAAGAAAUGGGGAAGGGGGGAGGGGCAAUCGGAGAAUGACUGGGGAGCCUUGAGGUGUUGGGGGUCCUGAAGGGGAGGGUUGAGUAAGACUUAUUCCUUCGGGGGUGCUGUAUUUUGCCUGCCUCCUCCCUAAGGAAGAAAUGUUUGGGAGGUGUGCUUGAGCGUGGCGACGUCACCACAUACACGCUGUGGAGGAUGAAGAGCGUGGAGGAGCAGGCACUUUGAGGACCUUGAGGAAGGGGAGUUGGGGGUGGGGAGGGUACAGGAUGACAGGCAAUAGAGUAGCUUGGGCAGUGAUGGCCCGUGGGAAGCGGGGAGAGCUGGGAGAGCGUGUGGUUGGAGUGAGGGUUACGGGGUAAAGUGAAAGGCAGGUAUGAGUAAUUCUGUCCUGGUUUCAGCAGGUAUUAAGCCACUGUUGGCCCUGUCCCCACACAUCAGCUAUAGUCCCGCGAAAAGUAGAGGAGCUUUGUCCGUCCUACGGGAGUGGAUAUUUGUGUCCUCUUCCCUUCCUUCCUCUGAGCCACAGCUAGCUGCUAUUUUGAGGUGUCCAGGGGAAACUGGGCAGAAAAGCUACGCACCCUCGUCUCCAGGGUGGAAUCUCUGAGGUUUAGAAAUUCAUUCACAGCUGGUUUUCAGAUCUGGGAAAUCGUGGUCCUGCUCCUGGUUCUUUGCUACUUCCUUUAAAAUAGUCUAGCUUCAUGCCGGGUCAAGGUAGUCCGUAUGGAUGACCAGACCCCUGCCCCCGGUGUCAGGUGUGUUCCAGGCCCAGUAUUUCUUUCAGGUCUCAUCUGUGAUCUUUUUAAGUGCUGGGAAAUGGAACAGUCGCAGCUAUGUGUGACUUUUCCUUUCUCAGGUCAGCUUGAUGCUUGUUUCAAGUGAAACUCAGGCCAUCAACAGUUGCCCCAGCGACCUGCUACAAAAGUCAGUUUGCUCAGAGUUUUGCUGGCCUUACGUGAGAAAUCCAGGAAAGCAAAUGUUCCCAUGUUGGGGCGCCAGGCUCCUACGUCUCAUUUGCCUUCAUUUUGUAUCUGUGUACCCCUCCCCCUCUGCAGUAAUGGGGGAGAUAUUCGAACCCACACCCCCACCCAUAUUGAUAUGGGCUCUGGUCUGAGUAGAAAUUUCUCUUUCCUGCACAGGGCGGCACAGUAGAAAGCUCAAGACUUUACACAAGGAGGGCACAAGCAGGGAGAGGGGUAAAUGCAAAUUUGCCAAAUAGCACAAGCAAUGAAUGUCUUCCGGUUGUUAUAUAAAUGCCAAAAUAGCACUUUUGUAUUUCAAAAGUGCUUUUUAAUGCUUGUUAGUUGUUUCUCACUUCUUUGUGAGGUAGAACAGUAUUAUGACCCCUGUCUUAGGGAAGGCCUGGGGACAGGAGUGUGACAGGUAGUUCUGAAGAGAGGCUGAUGACAGUGUGGAUAGGUGUGGUCUGCCCUUUGGUGCUCUCCAGCUCAGCUGCUAGGAAGACUUACCUGUCGUGAUUUCUAUAAUAAGGACGCUGAAAAUUCUUAACGCUUGAUGGAACACGUAAGGCUAGUCUAGAAGGGCCAAAGAUGUCCUUGUUGACAAAGCUGGUCUUUGUCAUGUAAUUAGAGUGUCCUAGAUAUGUUCCAUUUCUAGUAGGGGCUAUAGUUAGAUGACUCUUGUAUAGACUUCAGUUACCUAUGCUGAAAAAUCCCUCCCUUAGGUUAGCCUUUAGAAGGUAGAGUUGUGGAAAGCAGUUUUGUUUCCUUUAUUAGCAGUUGUUAACCUAUACUUUUCAUGGAAGCAUCUUCACAAACUGUUGGACACACUUGAAGGAAAAAAAAAAAACAACCCACAAGAUUGUUUUUACGGUUUUAGCAAGCUUUCUAUGGACACUGGUAAUUUAUACUUGAUCAGUUGUAUUCUAGCAAAGAACCUCUUUGGGGACUCUAGGAAAGCAUGUUUUUGCCAUCAUAACACUUAAAAAAAAAAACCCUGAGAAUUCUGGGCUUGUAUAAUGCCUGUUGAUCUUGCCCUCUUAAUCAGUUUGUUGUUAUUCACAAAUGCAAAUAGAUUUUCAAACUAUAGAUAGUUUUGGAAGAUACUAAUUCCUUUUUAUUUUAGUCAAGAGUAAUCUGAGCAAAGCAAGCGUCCGUUAUUUAUUCUGACUCUUGUAGUCUGAAUACCAAGUGUAUGAGGCUCACAUGAAAAUAAUAUAGCCAAUUUGUAGGUAAUCGUAUUACUUUGUGUUUUUUUAUGCACAUCUACCUCUUCCAGCUGUUUUAAGUUCUCUUGAGUCUGUGCCUAUGAAAUCUCAUCCAACUUUUGAUUAUUCAUGGGUUUAUGAUCCACAUUCUGGGUCACUUGGUCUUUUGCUGACAUUUUCGUACGAUUGCACAGUCUCAUCUGCAUCUAGUGUGUUCCGUAGCAGCAACUUUCGAGCAUGGGUUCAAUGGGGAGAGGAGAUUGAAGCUAAUGUAAAAUAAUUUACCGGCGGUGGGAUUCUUUGGAUUUCACUGACCCAGUCUGUUCUUUCCGUUACCAUAGAUAAGAAAGCCAGCCACUACUUCACUAUCCCUUCUGUGACCACAUCCCUGAGCAGAAGAAAACAGUCCAGGCACCAAACACCCCACUCUUAUGGUGCAGCUAAAAUGUGAUUCCAUUUUUCUUAUAAUUCUUCAACGAACCUAGCUGCAUUAAGUGAGGUUUAGUGCAUUCAGGAGGUUGUUUCUUGUAUCUAGUUUUAGAAAAAUAGUAUUUCUAAAGCAAACCCUGGUAACUGGUUCACCCUUGAAAAUGUUACUCUGAAGAUUCCUUCCACCAACUCAUCAAUGUUGGUGGAGGCAAAUGUAUCAUUUAUUUCCUGGGGAGUUUGGUCAAGUGCAGGCUGCCCUUUACUGAGAAGAAGCUAGAGCAGUUUUAAAUAGGUUAAAUGGCUUGAUUAAAUAUUGAGCUCUGAGCUGGAAGGAGAAGACGAGACGUUAACCCCUUGAGCCUUGUGGCCUCUUCAAGAUCCAGAGGCUGUACAUAUGUGAAAAAGUACAAAUUAAGAACCUGUGUUCGUAGACAAUCUGAACUGUGUUUCUGAAGUUUGUGCACAUUUUCCUUCACUGUAAUGUUAUUUUACAGCUGUGUGUUAAAAUGGUGAAUAAUUUAAUGAUCCUAAAAGUAACAGGUUUUGUGUGCGUGUGUGCUUGUGUAUGUGAGAAUUGCCUUAUUUUCAGGUUUUAUUUAAUGAUGGUUCCCUGGACAGCAUUGUGGUGUUCAGCAACCAGUAUGGAAUAUUUGUCAUUAAAUCCAGAUCGGUCUUUUACCA